UUAAUGUUGUACAAAUAUGUUGCAGCCUGCCUCUCUUAUUUCAAAGAUAAGAAACUGUAAAAGCCUAGAGGAUGACACAGAUUAUAAACGCAAGAUUGUAAAUGACAGUCACCUCUCUUUGAAUGACGCGGAUGCUCUUCAUUCUUUCUUGAAAGACCGGAGGCAUGGGGCAGACUUAGAACAAGAACUGGAUGAAGGAGUGGACAAAAUGAUGGCUUACAUAUCAGCCCUACAGGCAGAAAUCAAAGAUAGGACUUCUCUCAUAGAGAUGCUGGACCUCAGUGAUGCCUUCUAUGAAAAUCAGCGUGGGGAGGCCAAGAUUGUGUGUAAUGCUUACAGAAAUUUUAGUAAGCGAGUAGAGAACCUCAAAAAGAAGCUAGAUGAGCUGACCAAUGAUCUGCCGAGCCCUGUCCCCUCACCGGAUAUAAACGCACCUUCGCCAUCUCCGGAGUCUGAUAUAGAUCUCCCUGAUGACAACUUGGCUGGAAAGUAUUCGACAGCUAGUUCCUUCAUCGGAACUUUAGUUGUACCAGAGCACAUCCAACUCUCCAAUCAUUCAGAUGACUUAUACACACGGGCCAAGGAUAGUCCACCUCGCAAGAUCUCUUAUAAACCACCGACCCCACCUCGCAGUUACAAACGGAAAUCCUCCCCAAAAUCUUACCAUUCACCUCCCCCCACCACUUACAUCUCCAGUACAACUCCUACUCUAUCAUCAAGUUCCCCUUCAAACUAUUCCUCUUCCUCUCCCUACCAGCCAGUCACCAAGAGCAACUCCUACACUUCCAACACUACCAGUUACUCUAUCCCAUCCGUAGCGUUCUCCCAUAAUGAAGGACUCACCUACCCUCCCACAACUACUUAUUCGGCAACUAAUGAGCCUUACUCGGAUAUGUAUAAUCCAGAGGAUAAUGAACAAAUGGCUUUUAACGAUCCUCCAGAUUCUUACCACAUACCAGGGGCCAACCCACCUCCUCCACCCCCGAUGUCAUAUACUAACCCACCACCAUCAUCUAACACUUAUUCAAGUACUGGAAGGAAUCCUUCUCCUGAAAUCACUUACGAUCUUACCUCCAGUAGCUCACCUGCUUAUCAGUCUUCAACUCCUUACAACUCGAGGAAGUUCCAAUCUUCAAGGUCAUACGAUAACCCACCACCUGUGGUUGCUCCUCCCCCUGACUACUCAGUGCCUCCUCCUCCCGUUAAUGAGUACAACCCUACUCUGAGGCCCUUUUACUCCUCUUCUAACAAUCUGACCAUGCCUCCUCUCCUUGGAGAAGACUGCCCCCCUUCUGCCAUCAACGGGUUGGAUUCUUUCCUCCAAGGAGACUCUGUCAAUGAUGAUUCUCCAAAUGCUCCUCCUCUAUUGGGCUCCGGGUUCAGCAGCUUCAUGGGAAAUAUCAAUUUACCUUUUGAUUUUCAGAAGGGACUAUUCUCUGAGGUGAGCUGUGACGACACUCCUGCCUCCCCUCCUGGAAAUGUCUUGGACGACAGCACUUCGCAGAUUGAAUACUUUUCAGAUUCUAACCAUGAUGUUGAGGGAAAACCAAUAGAGGUGAUCAACAGAACCAAGCAGCCCGAUCUGAGUGAGCUCCUCAAGGUUAUCAGCAUGCAGGGUGUGGCCAAGGGUGGAGUGGAGCUGCCCCCACCAUCUCCCUCAGUCCCACCACCACCUCUCCCACCUACAGUGCUUGAUGACUACCCCAGUGAGCCCGAGGACCAUGACAAGCCGUGGAGUCAACCCCCCUUGCUGCCACCCAAGUUUCCGACGUGGGGACAUGAUGACUGGUCAGACACACCAGCUUCACCCCCACUCUACGAGAAGUCUGGGUUCAGUGAGCCGAUAGAGUUUGAGGAGGGUGACUCUCUGGCAUUGGGUGACACAGAUACUGAUUUGAGAUCGCUGGGACUGCAGGGGGACAUUGACCAUCGUAAUCUCAUCAGCCUGACUUCCUCUCCACGUGAUGAGGCGGUCUGGUCCUCUACCACUGACACAGAUUACAGGAAACUGGUGCUGGCGCCUAAGCGUGGGGCACAAGAUGAUAAUGUAGAGAGUGUGGACAUGGAGAUGAGCUCUGAAGAGGAGACAGAGGCAGAAGUGUUAAAGCCUGCUGUGUCAUUCUCCCUGACCCCACAGAUCAAACCCCUCGCCGAGUCACCGUUGGUAGAGAAAGAGGAGCCGAAAGUGAAAAAAUUGUUGAAUAUAGCAAUAAGCCCCCCACCACGGUUGCCAGAGCCUCCACCACUCCCUAAUGUGAACGACAUAUUUCCUGAACUGGACAGUGGUGGGGAGGCUGACGAAAUUAUGGAUAAGAUCCCUUCCCCUCCAGUACCUCCCCUUCCUCCACCCAUGCCCAUUCCCCCACUCCAGACGGGCCAGGAGGUCCCAGUGAUCAACCCUUCUGGAGGGUAUCACCCUCAGCGUCCCCCAAGAGGUUUCUUCAGCCCCCGCUUCAACAAUCAGAGACAGAGGUACCCUCAGUGGCAAGCUAACCCGAACAAUAACAUGAGGCCGAGACCACCACCUAUGUCAGGCCCCAGGUUCCGACCUGACAACAAUUUCCGAGGGCGUCCCCCAUGGUACCGAGGCAACAACCGACCCCCUCGUUUUGGAGGAUGGUAAGUUGGUCACCUUGUUUCCUUUACACAAAGUUUUAAUGUUGGAUAAAUAUUGUAAAUAAAAGCAGUUUUAUUUUAGUGUAAAUUUUUGAGACUGCCUAGUGUUUAAGUCAAAAUUGUAAAAAAAUCUGUAUAAAGGGUUUAUUAUUGCACUACUAAAAGUUCUUUAUAAAUUUAGAGAAUUAAUUGAGCAACUUUUUAUUGUUUUUCAUUUUAUAUUACUUCAAAAGCGUCAAAACAUUUUUUUAAACAUACAACAAAAUUUAUAGUAAAGAGCAUGCUAUAUUUUAAUUAUAUUAUUAAGUAGAAACAGACUAACCAUUGUGCUACAAGUAUUUUUGUUAAAUUAAUUUUUAACCAAGCAUAUGGUGGUUUAUUUACAAAGUGAUUCAAUAAGGAUUUUACAUUUAAAGUGUAUGCAUAUUGCUUAUAUAACUUGCAAAGUCAGCUAAUAUACACAAUGUUUUUGUAAAAUUGUAAUUCAUGCAACAUUAAUUUUGGUUUUAUGUACUAUUUAGACUUACAUUUUUCCAGUGCUAGAUUUCAUUUUUGCUUUGAUUAAUGUGGUAUUACUUCAGCAAUUACAGUAAAAAUUUAUGAUCCCAUAUCUCAGACAUUAGCUAUGGUUAGCUUAGAUAAAAAUCUUCACUUUCAUUAUUAUUUACCUUGCACAUUGUCAUCUCUUUUCCUUUUCUUUUGGAUAAAAUUCUCAUGCAAGCUUGGAGCCCAUCAAGGCCAAAUAGAAGAAGGUUAAAAUGAGCAUAACGAACUUGCCAACUGUCAAGUAAAUCAGAUAUAUGUAAAUCUUAAACUUUGACAUGACAGUGGGUUUGUGACUGAUUUUGCUCAUAUUUAAUAUAUCUAACUUGCUAUCCUUAUCUAAUAGAGAAAAAGGAAAUUGUCUUCCUUUUAACACAGUUACAACAAUUUAUAACCAACUUUUCCUAAGGAUGCAAAACGGCCUAUUAUGAAAUGCUGUAAAGGUUCAUCAUAACUAACUGUGUCAUAUUUUGUUAUUUGGUUGUAAAUUCUCCCAGUGAAAUGUUCACUUAUCACAAAAAAUUAUUUAUUCCAGAAAUACUAAAAUAUGCCAUGUGUGAAAUUUUAUUCAGAUCUUCCUUCCCUAGAAAUUUCUUGGAUGUAUAUAAAUAGCUGACGUGAUCUGCAUUUGUAUUCUAGAACUAAGUUCAUUGUGCUUGGCUUCAAAUCUUAAGCAGAGAUGAUGAACACCUCUUUUAUUCUUGGAUAACAAGUUGGGAUCAUACAUGAAAAUAUUUUUCAACUAGAAAUAUUUCUAGAUAGCUUAUGAAAAUUAAACAAUUGGUUUAAUGUCUCUAAAUUAAAUGUGUAUUAUUACUGGACUUUAUAGAUUGUUAAUUCUUACCAGAAGUAUAUUAGAAUUUAAAUUUGAUUGGCAAAAGGUGACUCUCAUUGGUUGGUUAGAUUUUUGGUGAUGAGCAAGAUGUUCUUACUGUACCCAUACAUUAAUGCAGUACAUAGUAGGAAAGAACAAUAGCAGCACAAGUAAAGUUGCAACCUAAUACAUUACAAAAGCAACUUUAAGCGUACCAAACCACCGCACAAACAAAUACAGAACUUAGGUAUUUGUUACAUAAAUAUUCAACUUCAAGAAUCUUGAAUGCUUUCGGCACAAACAAUAACCAUAAUGUCUCAAUAACUUUCGUACUAAGAGAAAGUUGUAGGUGUACUGAGAAACUCAUCAACAUAUUUUGUAUAUUUCUAUUAGACUGACACUAAUACCUUGUUAGUAAACACUGAGUUUUUUUAAAUUUUGUUUUAAACCAAUUGUUUCAGUUGUCAAUUGAGAUAAUUAAGUUUACAAGUAAUUACAAUUUCCAAAGUCCUAAUUGAAUCACUUUGUAUGCUUUGACCAAUCCAUGAAUACAUUUGCCACCAUUGUGUAAUCACUCGUAAUAGCAUACAACUAAUUUUGUGGUUACAUCAUAAUUUUUAUUGUAAUUAAAUUAAUUUUUCUACACAUUAUUGCAUAGUAUUGUUAAUUUUGUUGUAAACUGACUGUGAAGUCUGAAAAUAAAUUUUACUUAGUACAAUAUGUAGAUUUUAAUAAAGAACAAGUACAAUCAUUGUUCAGUUCUGAAAUUUUUGUUGAUGUUAACAGUUUUUAUUUUGAGUAACAAAUUACUGCAUUUUUUAGUUUUAUUUUAUUUAUAAAAUACUUCACUUUUAAUAAUUUAUGUUGUACAUUUGAUAAUUUUAAAGUAAUGAAUACCAAAUGAGAAAUCAUCAUUGUUAAUUUGAAUUUAAAUAUAAGAAUGAAAAAUUGUAUGAACAAUGAAAAGCAAGUCAACAUAAAUUGAAAAUGAAUGUAUUUAUUGUUUAACAUUUGUUUUUAUAUCAUAAAAUAAUACUUACUUGGUUUCUGUGAGUGACACUUGUUGAACUUUAAAUGUAGAUCUUGAUUUAAAUUUUAUGUUUUAGCAACUGAUCUUAAUUUAAUAUAUUUAGUAUUGUUUUGCUGAUAAAUAAAAAAAUUAAAUAUUAUUACAAUAUUGCUUCAACAUAAGUUUACAAAAAAAUUUCAGUUACUUAAAUUAAGUGUAUAAAAUCAAGACCAUUUUUAUAUGUAAUUAAUUAUAUUCAUGUGUGUACUCAUAAUUUUAUUUCUUUAUCAUUUUAGUAAAAUUCUUUGAAUUAAAUAGUUUAUUAAAAAUAAUAUCAUUAUAUUUUCCCAUUUAAUACUUAUUGAUUCUUUGUUGUAUUUUUAAGAGUAAUUUUGCAACUAUAUAUAGCAUAAAGAUUAAACCAAUUCUGGUGUUUAGCUUAUUUUCAAUUUUUAUGACUUUUUCAUUGUCAAUUUACAUAGCUCCAAAUGUAAGAAUUAAAUUCAUAAAUAUUUUUAUUGUAAAUUAUUGAAUAAAGAGAAGUAAGAGAUUCGUUAAAUUCAAUACCCUGUAAAAUCAAAAUAAUAAACUAUUUUAAAGAUAUAAUUUUCAUUCUUUAAAAUCAUACUUAGUUUUCAAACACACUUCCUUAUAAGUUAAUGCUGCUCGAAUAUGUAACUCCAACUCAACUCAUGUAAACCAGGCAUCUCACAUGGACACACAUAAAACCAAUACAUACCCUUGUGACUGUUUUAAUUGUACAGUUAACUACUAUAAGUAUUAUUGAUAUAAAGUGUAUCAAAUAUAUUAAGAGUUGCACCUCAGUUAAAAUUUAUUUGUAUGUUAUGUUAAAGUAUCUUUAUAAAUGUUUGUUUUUUUUAAGAGUAUAAAAAUAUGUUUCCAUUUUCUUUUAAGUUGAUUAUAAUUAUUUAGAACUUUGUUUAUUUAUUUAGCUUUGUCAUGUAUUAAUGAUCUCUGUAACAGAUUUUGUUUUUGAAUAUUAACAAAUUGUAAAACAAUUGUCUUUAAACUUAAGACUAAGUUUAGGCUAGUAAUAACAUUCUUUAAUAUAUAUUUUAGAACAUCUGUUUCACUAUUUGCAGUGUCUUGUUUGAAACUCUUGAAAGGUGAUAAGAAUUUUAUAUUUUGACUUAACCAUUGGUGUAUAAUAAAAAGAGUACAUACUGGAAUGCACUAUUAUAUUCUGUGGAUUGUAGAAAAUUAUCUUUGUUGCUUAUCGAUCCUACUCCUGGUUUACAGCUGAUGUGAGUGAUAAUGAUUAGUAGAUUAAUGCUAUAUGAGUAGUGAAUUUCCCACAUUCAAGAAAGCUGAAUAAAUGUCUGUUGGGUUCUACCCACUGUUGUUUUAUUUUAAUGCCACCUUUGAUCUGGCUGUAUACCGGAAUGAGAUGGAUAGGAACAUACUGCAUGAUAGUCAUAUAGCUUGGUUUAGUUUGACGUCUCCAAGAUUUUUCAAAAAAUAUCAAAUAUCUAAAACUUUUAGUGUUUUUUGUAUUUUAAAUGAAAGCUUUUUUAAAGAUGAGUACAGAUAGAAAUUUACAAAAAGAAUUAUUGAAGUAAUAGAACUCAAAAUAUUUAUUUAUAAUUUAUGAAUCAAGUAGUGGCAAAAAACUUGUAUGUUACAAAUGUUCUGUUUAUUCUUAAUACAUGAAGAAAAAUUUACUAUUGUAAGUUUGAAAUAAUAUGCUCUUUAUUAAGUAAUUUUUUGUAAAUAGUUUUGUUGAUCCUAGGCAAUACAAAAAUGUUAACUUUAUUUUGAUAUAGUUUUGAAGUGUGGGAAUUAUGCUUUAUGGUUUUUAAGGAACCAGUAUUAUAAAUAUUUUGUUUUAAGUUUACAGUGUAUUGUAUUUUUCAUUGUUUUUUAGGCUGUAUGUUAGUCUAGCUUUUCAAUAUGUACCUUUCUAACCAAUAUAUCCAAGCUUAAAAUUGAAAAUAGAAAACACAGUACUAUAAUCUUGCAUUUGUUAUAUUUUGCUUGUUUAGCAUCAAUAUUUCAGUAUGUAAAAUGUAAAGUUUUAUUUUUUAGUUCUUAAAUUGUAAAAUGUUUGAUCUGUUUGUUUUGGCACUAUUAAUAGUAAUUGAACAAUUAGUUGUCUUUAAGAAUGAUUCAUGUAACUUUCCUCUACAGUGGUUUAUGUAAAAAAAGAAAUGACUGGGUAGUGUUGUGUUUUAUUAUAAUUACUGUUGAAUGCCUCUACUCCGUUAGAUGGUUUGACAGAAAACUUUUGGUUAUAAUGUGUUCCCGGUGCCACGUUGUGUUUGUCUUAAAUCAAUAAAAUUUUACUAUGUACUA